CCGCGAGGGGUGAGCGCAAGCGUGAUCUCACUGAUUUUUGGGCCCGUAUUGAAAUCGCCGGGUAGGUGCUGCACGACUUUCACCACCGUCGUCGUGAAGCGACACGCACUUGACGCACGUCAGCUGCAGCAACCUGGAACCAUCGCGCUUCCCCUCCCUCCCUCCUCCCUAUAGACGGGCUCUAACAGAUUCACUGUGAGGGCUCACUCGUCAUCCGAGUCUCAUCCAGCCCUGUGUAUUCCUCGACUCCACCUCCACUACCCCAUCCCGAACCUUACACACACCACCCUUACCAUCUAUUUUCCUCUCCUGCUAUCAUCUUCGGCAGACUGUGACGUCUUUAGGACCACCGUUACAGCAACGUGUGUGAUUCCUUCUCGGAUGUUAACACUUCUGACAAGUGAUGUCAUGGCUGGAACCGUAAUAGUUCUUUGCAUAGCCUGGGUAACAACAGUUAUGUCAGUCGGAGCCCAGAAUGCAUCGCAGUUCAAAAACGUUUCAAUCACGAUUGAUAAAUUGCUGAAAGAUUACGACAUUCGCUUACGACCAAGCUUUGGAGGUGCUCCAUUGGAAAUAGGAAUCGAAGUUAUCCUUGCAAGCUUUGACAGUAUAUCGGAGGUCAACAUGGACUACACCAUCACGAUGUACCUAAAUCAGUACUGGCGAGAUGAGCGGCUUGAAUUUUCAGAGAAUGAAAAUGAGAGCAUGACCUUGACCUAUGACUUCGCUGAAAGAAUUUGGGUUCCUGAUACCUUUCUGGCCAAUGACAAAAGCUCGUUCCUUCAUGACGUCACAGAAGUUAAUAAAAUGGUUCGUCUCUAUGCCAAUGGUUCACUCGUUUAUGGAAUGAGAUUUACGACCACGCUUGCCUGUAUGAUGGACUUACAUAAUUACCCACUUGACCACCAAGAAUGCACGGUCGAAAUAGAGAGCUAUGGCUAUACCAUGGAUGACAUAGUUCUCUACUGGCUGAACGACAGAGAUGCAGUAACUGGAGUGGAUGAUGUCUCUUUGCCCCAGUUUUCUGUAUCUGACUACGAAACAAAGAAUAAAAUAGAACAGCUUUUAACGGGUGACUACCAAAGACUAUCCCUCACCUUUAAGCUCCAGCGAAACAUUGGAUAUUUCAUCUUUCAGACCUACUUGCCUUCCAUUCUUAUCGUUAUGCUUUCAUGGGUCUCAUUUUGGAUUAACCAUGAAGCUACAUCCGCACGCGUGGCGCUUGGAAUUACAACUGUGUUGACGAUGACAACAAUCAGCAACGGUGUUCGAUCGUCCUUGCCACGCAUCUCCUACAUAAAAGCCAUCGACAUUUACCUCGUCAUGUGCUUUGUUUUCGUCUUUGCGGCUCUCCUGGAGUACGCCGCCGUCAACUACACGUACUGGGGCGCGCGAGCCAAGCGCAAGGCUAAAAAGCUGAAAGAACGAGCCACGUCCAUACGAAAAAGCAGAUGCGAAGAGCACACAGAAACCUUGAACAACUCUGUGGAAGCCGUGGAAAUGAGAGAAAUUCGGUUGUCCCCGAUGAUGGGGAUACGCAACAGCCAAACCUUCAGUAUGGAACCUGACGGAGACAGCUCCACUGAUCAGAGUAAUGUGCGGAUAGCGCCUGCUCCUCCCAGAACGACGUAUGUGUCACGUGGUUAUCUCCCUAGCAACGCAGUCAGGCGAAGGACAAAUACACCUACAAAUAUUCCCCCUCGACGAAGGAGACUUCUGUCUAACUUCAAACAAAAGGCUAAGUCAAUCAAGGUGAAGAUUCCGAGGGUUCAGGAUGUCAAUACCAUUGACAAAUAUGCCAGACUUGUCUUUCCUUUGCUUUUCGUCGUCUUCAACGCCAGCUACUGGGCUGUUUAUCUCCUGACGUGACGUUUACAACCAGCGUAUCCUGUUCUUCGAUCCUUGUCUUUUCGUAAUUUUUGUAGCCUCCUUCUUUCUUACCAUCUUUAAAUCUUUAUUUUGUAUACCACCACCACCACCGCCACCACCACAGCUGCCACCACCACCGCCGCCACCACCGCCACCACCACCACAGCCGCCACCACCACUACAGCCGCCGCCACCACCACUUGUGUCAAUAUUUUAUGUUUCUGCGUUAUGCUCUAAGUAGUUUCAAAUGUGUAACAUACGUAACAUUGAACUUGUACAUAGCAGAUAUGGUUUUGAUGUAUGCUAAUUCGCGUGACUGUUGAUUGCAUGGUCGAUUGACUAAUUCGAUGACCAGUUUAUUGAUGAGCACUGAGGCUAAUGUGUAACUGAGUGUUGUUUUCUACUCGAUUGUAAUACGACACAAUGUGAAAACGUUUUAGUCAGAGCAUUUUGGUGUAUAGUAUAUUGUACAAACUCGAAAGUUGCAGAGACUUGGAAGAAACAUAUUCGAGAUGUUUUAAUUCUGACAGCAUUAGCCACUGCGCAUCCACUAAGAAUGUAGCACGUGACAGGACGGUAUAUUACAGUUUAAAAGUCAACUGUCAAUGUCUGCAGCAGUGAAAGGUUGUACCAAACUAUACGUUACAGCAGAACGAUAAUAAAAUGUUGCAUUAUCUGAUCACACAACCUUUUUCAAGCGUUAAGUGAGAAAUGAAGAGCUUUAUGCAUCUUUAAUAAAACUGAUUCUAUAACUUUCGCGUACACCGACACUAUACUUUGGUCAAAUUAUUUUAUUUUUAGACAAUGAAAAAAAUACAUAUUCACCUACCUUUUCAUUACAUCUGAUUGUCAUCCCCUUUGUCUUUGAUACUCUGCUGUCUUCGUGUUCACGAAGCCGCCUGGAUUGGGAUACAUCCGAGUAGUUUUCUAAAUCCGAGCUGCAUUCUGUCAAACGUGAAGAUGAAGUUGAAGUAUCUAGAGGUAUUUUCUCAUGCAUGUUUCCAAGAGCCCUUUGGCGAGCAUUGACAUGCCAAACCGUGCAAUCGAGGUAGUGCCGGUCAAUGGCCUGUGUUACGAAAUGGUCGUCUGUCACACAAGUAAUUUCAUAAUAUCUUCUUUGUAAGGUUGUGGAACUUUAGCAUAAAGUCAUGUGAAUAACUAGAGAGUGUUUUUCCUAUCACUAUCUUGACUUUUUCAGCAUCUCUUGACACACAGCUAUGUCGUUGUUCUAUCCUGUUUUUUUUUUUUUAAAUGUAUCACCAUGUAGGUUACUUGGAAACUGAUCCAUGUAGUCUGGUACUGCGACCUGUAAUCCGCAUCUUUCCAAUGGAAUAUCCUCACAUUAUGAAAGUUCGAAAAUGUCUUCCGACGUCUGCAUUAACAAACUGCAAGAAUAGGCUACGGUUUCAGUGAAAUGUAAGGCAAGACGAAUUUCGGCAAUUACCAGAAAUCCUUGUGUUCGUGGUUGCUUCCACCAUCAUAUUCAUAGUCGAUUGUUAGUGGUGGGUACACCGCUGUCUUCUGAUUAAAAUUCGCAUUUGAAGAAGAUAGACGUGCAUAUUUAUAGAGUAAGCAGACGAAUCUACGUCACUUUCAUAUACUUCCGCCUUCACUCCCCUUAUAAGUUCCGGUCUGAGGCCUCUUUGAGGAUAACAUUUUUUUUGAAAAUUUUUUUGCGCGUAGAGGAAUAUUAAAUUUACUUUUAUUAAAUUUGCUGCAUAAGGGGCACAACAACUUAUAGCCAGUUGGAAAUGUAUAAAACUAAUGUGACACUAUGUCACUAAGAUAAUACCAUAUGUAAUCAGUUAUGAAAAGUUCUGUAAUUGUACCGAGGUUAGAUCUGGGUAGAACAAGAAACUUGAUUUUUUUUAAAAGAAAGCUAAACAAACUAUAUCCUUAGCCUAAAACCAAGAUAAAAGCAUGCUAUUUAAUUAUUUUAGUUUAAUUAACUUGAAAGCCAUUAACAAUGAAUUUCUCCAAGCAACAAAGUUCGCUUAACCGCCGCUUUUAGCGAGAGUUAUUUUUAUCUGAACGACUGACUGUAUUUCACAUAACACACGUUUGAGGAUCUAACAAAUUUUUUUCCUCGCCUCGUGUCUUUUGCUCUUUUAUGAGAAGCUCGAUGCUGUAACAUGUUUUGGUUUCACAUUUGAUUAGUUUUUUUUUUUUUUAAAGAUUAAGUUAUGUUUGGGGUUCACAUAUCUGAACCUCGCGUGACUUGCAAACUGCGUUUACACACCGUUCAUAUUGCGCAGUUCCUCCAAAACACGAGUAAAGCUGUGAAAUAAGGAAAUUUUCGGAACAAAUGCGUUAUUAGUUAUUGUUUUUGUUUGAUGACUAUAGAUAGGUGAGAUGAAUAAGAUAAUCAGAUAUCCCAGUGUGUACAGGAAAGUACAUAUCGCAGAUAACACUUGACUUCAUUUGUUCAAUUACUAUAACUUUUGGGUAGCUCUGCUUUUCUUCCUCCCUUGUACCUCUCAUUUUGUGUUGCUACAGAGGACAUACGUGUACAUAAAUUUUUUUUUCACUUGCAAAGUGUGAGUAGCUAAUACCCGUAUUCCUUUCUAUCUUGGCCGCAUUUAACUGUAAUUUUUACGAUGUUAAAUCAAGCUUGCUGCCCAGUAUUGUUUUAAGCUGACGACGAUCACUUUGACGAUUUCGUUAAUGAUUCAGUGGCAAGCCUGCUGUCUUUCCUGUCGUUAAAUCUGACCUUACUUUGUAUGUUUAUAGAUGUCAGUGAAAUCUUAGAUUUAUUUGUAUGUCAUUCAAAACACUAAUUAUAACUAUUUGCGUACUUGAUUUAAAAAGACGACAUUGUUCUUGUGUCAUUCUAACUGUACAGUGCUUAAGUGGUCUCUAUAAUUUGUAUUAUUGUAAUUGUUCAAGUGUUUAAGUUUAAGUGAAGUUUCUAUAAUCCGUUGCAUUUAUUAAGACCAUUUAGUUUACAUUUAGACGUGUCAUCGAAAUUUCCUUAAAUAGAAACUGUGAUGUAAUAUGUAAUAAUUAAUAUUUCUUCAUCUCGUACGUUAUUCAUCAAAGGCUCGAUGCCAUCUCACUUUUCUGUACUUAAGCACAAUGAGGAAAUAAUUCCGACGGGACAACAUCCAACCUGCUGCAAUGAUUUGGUCUUCCUAACUUAGGGAAUUGCAUAAUAAAUGAUUGAUACUCAGA